UGUAAUUAGGACUGUUGCAGACGUCCUUCGAAACAACCCGUACUCGGAGACAUUCAGAAGUCUGGGGCAGGCUAACGACCUCGCGAACUACCGCGUGACACUAAAUUUGGAUUAUAGGUUGGACCAAAGGCGCUACAAUGUGCCGGUGACAACUGAGGUCGCUGCUGUCUGGGUUGAGGGAAACGAGAGAAGGAAGUUCGAGCCUAGCGUGACAAAAAAUGGGAAUGACCGUACGCGGAAAUCUAUCCAGCCUUUCUACGGAUGUUAUGAUUCCCUCUCGUACCCUCUGUUCUUCCCUAGAGGAGAGAGUGGUUGGCAUCAAGGUCUUCCAAAGGACAAAAUAACCAUGGAGGAUGCGAACGCGCGGAAUGGCGAUGAUCCUGAUUGUAACAGCAGAAUACGAGUCUCUGUAAGGGACUACUACUGCUAUAAAUUCCAGAUGCGUCGUGGGAUUUUCAAUCCUAUACUUCACGGCGGACGCCUGUUCCAGCAGUUUGCCGUUGACAUGUACAUCAAGGUUGAGAGCUCCCGUCUAGACUAUGUGUGGAACAACCAGAAGGAGAUAAGGGCCGACCUGUAUCAAGGGUUGAUGGAUAGCAUCCAGGCUGGGGAGAGUCGAGCAAGCGCGGUUGGCAAACGGACUGUGUUGCCAGCGUCGUUCGUCGGUGGUGGCCGAAAUAUGAAGCGUCGAUACAUGGAUGCCAUGGCCUUAGUACAGAAGUACGGGAAGCCAGAUGUAUUCCUUACAAUGACCAGCAACCCCAAGUGGGAUGAGAUUACUCGCGAGCUUGAGCCUGUCCAGACACCACAAGAUCGUCCUGAUCUCGUGGUUCGUGUCUUUCGAGCCAAGUUAGAGGAUCUAAAGAAGCAGCUGUUCGAGAAGCACAUCCUUGGCAAGGUCAUUGCACACGUUUAUGUUGUUGAGUUCCAGAAGAGGGGUCUGCCGCAUGCACACUUUUUGCUGAUCAUGAGUGGUCGAUACAAGCUAACGUCUGCAGACCAAUAUGACCGCAUCAUCUCGGCUGAGCUUCCAGACAAGAAAAAAAUAUCCAGAGCUAUACAAUAUGGUCGUCAAGCAUAUGAUGCAUGGCCCUUGUGGUCGACUCAAUGGUAGAUGCCAAUGCAUGCGAGAUGGAAAGUGCAGGAAC